AUGUCUCUGUUAAAAGGACUCUGCAUCGUCUCUUUCUUUACUGUUUCAGCUGGCUAUACUCAGUACUACCAUAUCAAGCAGUCUCUCACUUGGCUGGACGCCCUCUCGUACUGUCGGUCUCAGUACACAGAUCUGGCCAGUACAACUUCAGACUUAGAACUCAUUGGACUUGCCCUUCUAACCUCCAAUAGUGACGUCUGGAUCGGGUAUUAUCUGUGCUCUAGUGGAUCCUGGCGUUGGAGUAAUGGAGCAGUCUCUUCUUAUAACAAAUGGAAUUCUGGGGAACCAAACCUGAGAGCCAACGCCUGUGUCCGUCUUGGCAACGGAAAGUGGAACGAUGAGGACUGUGGCUCUCGUUACUAUUUUGUUUGCUACAAAAAUGCGGAUACAGUUCCUGGUCUUCCCACUAGCUGUCAGUGGCCUCAGACACUCACGUACUCGACUACAACUCCCUCUGAUGUUACUGACAUCUCUUCUGCAAACCACAUCAGUAAUAACAAUAACUAUGGUAGUAAUGGCAAUAACUAUGAUGGGCCAACCAAAGGGACAAUGAACUGGUCAACCAAUGGGCCAACAAACUGGUCUAUCAACUGGACAACUUGGCAAAUGAGUGAACCAAAUAAUAGACAAUCAAACGGGAAAGUGAACUGGACAACAAAUGGAUUAAUGAACGUUGAACCAACAAGUGAGCUUAUUCAUGGGGAAUCGAACGGGCCGAUGAACUAUACAACAAAUGGAUCAAUAAACCAACCAGUGAAUGGGGGAAGUAAUCGUCCAACAAAUGGGCCCACAAGUAAUCCAAAUCUUUUCCAAGAGAGCUCACAGACCACAAACAUUCAGGGAGCUCGUCUAUCUGUGACUCUGACCAACAAAUCGAGCUCCAGGGCAACCUCUGAACCAAUAUCCUUUUCCAGUGCCCCCUUAAUGUCCCUAGCAAGUGGAGCCAGUCUUCACAGGGCCACAUCUGCAUCAGAAGGUAUAAAUGUGUAUACAAGUAGGGCUGCUCCUCUAUCCUCUCUACUGCAAGAGUUUCCGUCAAUCAAAGCCUUUGUAUUUUCAGGUUAUAUUGGAUCCACAGAUAACACUGCCACAGAGUAUAGAACAGAGAAUCUGGGAACCAACACAAUGGCACUCUCCUACUUGUACUUGGUGCUGAGAUCCAUGACUUGGACAGAAUCCCAAUCGUAUUGUCGCCAACAUUAUACUGACCUGGCUGCGAUCACAAGCUCUAAGGAACAAAGCACAAUAUCUUUCUUUCUAUCCGCACAUACCUCAGGAACAAGAUAUUGGUUUGGGCUAAGAAAAAGCCAAUUUUGGGGCAACUGGUAUUGGAGUGGAGGGCAGUCCUUUGGGGAGUACACUAACUGGGGACAAGGAGAACCACUGGAGCCACUAUCCAAGAUGUGUGGUCUGAUCUCAAAUCCAGCAGAAAAUCCGAGUUGGAGCUCAGAGUGCUGUGUGAUGAGAUUGCCUUUUUUAUGCUAUAAAGUGGAUUGAUUCAGCUUCAUUUAUGAAAAGAAAUUAUUAGACUAUA